AUGGCAGCCAAGCUCCGCUGGAUGCGCGAAGCCCUCCUCAUGGCCGAGGAAGCCUUCGAUGCUCUCGAAGUUCCCGUGGGAUCAGUAUUCGUCCGACAUGGCGAGAUCAUCGCCAAGUGUCGCAAUCGCACCAAUGAGCUCAUGAAUGCCACUCGCCAUGCUGAGCUGGAGGCCAUUGAUGAGAUCCUCAGUCGUUACCCUCCCGAGUGGGGAAAGAAGUUUGCCCUGGAUCCGCAUGGCUGCGAGGAUAAUCCGUUCAAGGAUACGACGCUGUACGUUACCGUCGAGCCAUGCAUUAUGUGCGGAGCCGCUCUCAGGCAGGUGGGGAUAGGCAGGGUGGUAUUUGGAGCGGGGAACGAGCGAUUCGGUGGCAACGGUAGCGUACUGGGCUGCCACGAUGAUGAUGCUAUUCUGUCAUCGCCGCCUUACGAGGCUGUCGGGGGCUACUACAGGGAGGAGGCCAUCAUGCUGUUGAGGAGGUUCUAUCUUACCGAGAACUCCAACGCGCCGAAUCCGAGGAGCAAGGCUAGGAGAGUGCUCAAGACUCAGGUGCAACCACCGGGCGUGUCUAUGCAUGGGGUCAACUCGCCUGCCGCGAGGCGUUGA